AACCUGUGACGACAAACGGGUCGGCCUCCUGCUAGUGUCACUUCCGCUUUCUCGCUAACGUGGUGGGCAUUUUGAACGUUUGAAGCUGCAAGUUCCCGGUUGGCGGGACACUGAGUAGGCGACCGCGGCGGAGCUGAGCCCGACCAUAGACAUGUCGGAGCGGCGAACACGAUCUGGAGGGGCCGCCCAGCGGUCUGGGCUCAGGACUCCUCUUACUAAGCCUUCGAAGUUGUCCAAGCGGAAAUCUGGCUCAGACCUCCCGAACACGUUCCCUGAAGUCUGGCCAAGGACAACUCCAGCAGCUCCAGUCAGAAAGGCCAUCGUCUUGAAAAAGAUCGUAGCUCAUGCAGUAGAGGUCCCAGAUGUGCACACACUUCGCAGGAGUCCUAGGAUCUCUUUUAUUGUGGAAAAAGAAAACAACCCUCCGCUCAAGGUUCCCACUAAAGAGGACCUCUUCAAGACUUGUAGUGUCCCUGGUACUCCCUCCAGCACCCCCGUGCAUUACACUCAGAGUAUUGAGUCUAUCUCUGGAGAAACGGAGCUGGACACCAGAGACCUGGAAAUGUCUCAGAAAGUCAGGCGGUCAUAUAGUCGGCUACAGAAUCUUGGUUGUGCCUCAACCUCCACCCCUGGCCGCCAAUCCUUCUUUGGCUUUGAGGGACCUGACAACUUGCCUGGAGUCUCACCUGUCGUAUGUUCAAAGUUAAUCAAGACCCCAAAGGUACCUGCAAAGCAUUUGGUUCCGGAUAGAACACUCCCUGGAAUCUCUCCCCCAGUUGUGAAAGAGAAACGAAAGAAGAAGUUUCCUGAGAUCUCGUCUUCUGCAGGCAGACAGAGUGCCCACUCCAAGCAGGUCUUGAAAACAGCCAUGCAGCCUGCUGAACCACAGCCAGAAGAACCUAAGGACGCCAGGGAUCCUGUUGUGGAGCCAUCUCCAGAGCCAGCAUUGGACAUGCAGCCGGAACCCACUGUCACAUUCCUGUUCACACUUCUGAAUACUCCUGAGCCCAAAGAUGAGACAACGGACACCGAGUUAUAUGAAAAUCAGUUCAUGGAUCAAGAUGACUGGGGCCCUAGGCGGACCUCAGAAGAAAUACAGCUUUUGCAGAGGGACUGCAGGAGGCUUGAGGAAUCAUUGUACGAUAGCCAGAGAGCAAACAUGGCCCUUGAAGAGAAGCUUGAAAACUUGCCUACCUUGUUGUAUGAGGACCUGGAGGACAUUUUGAUCACUCCAGAGGAAUCUAGAGUCACCCAGGAAACAGAUGAAAACUCCCAAGACAAAGCAGAGAGCCUGCAGGAGGGCAGAAGACAUUCCAAGGGAAGCAGGAGUCAGCCAGCAAGAAGCAGAGGACACCCAGGAGGAAGCAGGAGCUAUCCAGGAAGAAGUCCAACCUCUUGCUUGAGCAACUGGAGAAGGCUUCUAGCCCGUGCUGCUCCUUUGACACUCCCAUACCUUUGCCAGCAGCCACCUUAUUCCCAGAAGACUCUACAGGAGUGUUCCACCAGUCAGCCCCUCUUUAAGCCCCAGCAAUAAAGUUGCUGAGUUGCAGAACCAA